GGCCGAGCGGGAGGUCGGGGCUGCGGGUGCUCGCUGGUGGCGGAUCAGAAGGCGGCUGCGGUGGCGGGGCUCCGCGGCCGAGGUCGAAUCCGAUCGGGAGCCAUGAGCGUGGACAAGGCCGAGCUAUGCGGGUCUCUGCUCACCUGGUUGCAGACGUUCCAUGUCCCGUCCCCCUGUACCAGCCCCCAGGACCUGAGCAGUGGCCUCGCCAUAGCCUAUGUGCUGAACCAGAUAGAUCCUUCCUGGUUCAACGAGACGUGGCUCCAGGGCAUCUCAGAGGACCCGGGUCCCAACUGGAGGCUGAAGGUUAGCAAUCUGAAGACAAUCUUACAGAGCCUAUUGGAGUACUCCCAGGAUGUCCUGGGGCAUCCUGUUUUGGAGCAGCACCUCCCAGACGUGAGCCUCAUUGGCGAGUUCUCUGACCCAGAAGAGCUUGGCAAGCUGCUUCAGCUGGUGCUUGGCUGUGCCAUCAGCUGCGAGAAAAAGCAGGAGCACAUCCAGAGAAUCAUGACGCUGGAGGAAUCAGUUCAGCAUGUGGUGAUGGAAGCCAUCCAGGAGCUGAUGACCAAAGACACCCCCGACUCCCUGUCACCAGAAACAUAUGGGAAUUUUGAUAACCAGUCCCGAAGGUACUACUUCCUGAGUGAGGAGGCCGAUGAGGGGGAUGAGCUGCGGCAGCACUGUCUGGACCUGGAGCGGCAGCUGGUGCUCCUGUCCGAGGAGAAGCAGAGCCUGGCACAGGAGAACGCGGUGCUUCGGGAACGGGUGGGCCGGCCAGAGGGUGAGGGUGCCACUGGCCUCACUGCUAAGAAGCUGUUGCUGCUGCAGUCCCAGCUGGAGCAGCUGCAGGAGGAGAACUUCAGGCUGGAGAACGGCAGGGAAGAUGAGCGUCUGCACUGUGCCGAGCUGGAGCGGGAGGUCUCUGAGCUGCAGCAGCGGAACCAGGCACUGACCAGUCUGGCCCAGGAGGCGCAGGCCCUGAAGGACGAGAUGGACGAGCUGCGGCAGUCCUCUGAGCGUGCUGGGCAGCUGGAGGCCACGCUGAGCAGCUGCCGGCGCCGCCUGGGUGAGCUGCGGGAGCUGAGGCGGCAGGUGCGGCAGCUGGAGGAGCGUAACGCGGGCCAUGCCGAGCGCACGCGGCAGCUGGAGGACGAGCUACGCCGGGCCGGCUCACUGCGUGCCCAGCUCGAGGCACAGCGACGACAGGUUCAGGAACUUCAGGGCCAGCGACAGGAGGAGGCCAUGAAGGCCGAGAAGUGGCUAUUCGAGUGUCGAAACCUGGAGGAAAAGUAUGAGUUGGUGACAAAGGAGAAGGAGCGGCUGCUGGCAGAGCGGGACUCCCUGCGGGAGGCCAAUGAGGAGCUGCGCUGCGCCCAGUUGCAGCCUCGGGGGCUGACCCAGGCCGACCCUUCUCUGGAUCCCACCUCACCAGCUGUGGAAAACUUGGCAGCAGAGAUCCUACCUGCGGAGCUGAGCCCUGCUCGCUCCCCGCUCGGCAGGGAGACGCUCCUGCGGCUUCAGCUGGAGAACAAGCAGCUGUGCCAGCAGGAGGCGGCCUACCGGGAGCGGCAGGAGGAGCUGCAGCGCCACCUGGAGGAGGCCAACCGCGCGCGCCACGGGCUGGAGACGCAGCUGCGGCUGAACCAGCAGCAGCUGUUGGAGCUGCGGGCCCAGGUGGAGGACUUACAGAAGGCCUUGCAGGAGCAGGGGGGCAAGACGGAGGAUGUGAGUGCCCACCUCCUCCCUGCCUGGCCCUCCCUCGUGCCCCCCAGUAACCCUCCUCUCUCUCCUCCCUGCUGCUCGAUGCCCCCUGCAGUCCAUCUCCACCCUACUGAAGAGGAAGCUGGAGGAGCAUCUUUACGUGAAAGGCAGAAGCUGCAUGAGGCAGAUCUGGAGCUGCAGCGGAAGCGAGAGUAUAUUGAGGAGCUGGAGCCCCCCGCUGACAGCAGCACAGCCCGGCGUAUCGAGGAGCUGCAGCACAGCCUGCAGAAGAAGGACGCGGACCUGCGGGCCAUGGAAGAGCGGUACCGCCGCUACGUGGACAAGGCGCGCACGGUCAUACAGACCCUGGAACCCAAACAGCGGCCACCCGGAGGGGCACCCCCAGAACUUCACACCCUGAGGACGCAGCUCCGGGAGCGGGACGUCCGCAUCCGACACCUGGAGAUGGACUUUGAGAAGAGUCGAAGCCAGCGGGAGCAGGAAGAAAAGCUGCUCAUCAGUGCCUGGUACAAUAUGGGCAUGGCUCUGCAGCAGCGAGCUGGGGAGGAGCGGGCACCUGCCCACGCCCAGUCAUUUCUGGCACAGCAGCGGCUGGCCACCAACACUCGCCGUGGCCCGCUGGGACGUCUAGCAUCCCUGAACAUGCGUUCCACUGACAAACACUGAUGGACCUCAGGAUCCUGCCCCUCCCCAGCCAGUCAGGGCUCGGCGCCCCCUGGAUCCCCUCACCUCACACGAGGCCCAGCAUCAGGAAGGCCUCAGUCAGCUGCUUGAGAGUCUGGAGGUCAUGACUUCUGCCCUUUGUUCCCUCAGCCGGGGCAAGAGUGCAGGAUAGGGCAGGAGGCAGGGAUAGGCCCGUUCUUUUUAGCAAUGUGAUUCUUAUCCUUGAUUUUCAACCUGGGGUUAAUGAGAUGCCAGGGGAGAGAGUGAUUUUAUAUUUGAGAAGACAAAUAAUAAACAUUUUCAAUCUGC